AUGAAAAUUUUUAUAAUUAUUUCUUUAAUUUUAACAAUUUUAAUUAUUCAAUCAAAAUCAAAAGAGUGUCCUUGUUCAAAUGUUGAGUUGUGUAAACCAUUGGAAAUUGGUCCAAGAAAAGAAUUUAUUGGAUUUUCUGUAAAUAGCACUUUCUAUCCAUACUAUAAUUGGGAUCAUUUGACAACUAUUGGAAUUUUUUAUAGUGAAGAUAUUGAAGAUGAAUUACUUUGUAUGGCUAAAACUAAUGGUGUAAGAUUAGUUUAUAGUGCAUUUUACCCAGUUGAACAAUUAUCAAAUGAAACAUAUAUAGAUCAAUGGAUAAAUGAAAAAUUAGAACUUGUUCAAAAUACAUUUACUGAUGGUUUAAAUUUUGAUGUUGAAUAUCCAAUCACUGAUCCAAUCGUUGCACAACAAUAUACUCAAUUAGUUGCUGCCACUAAUAAUGCUUUUAAAUCAGUUAAUCUUUAUUAUCAAAUUAGUGUUGAUGUGGCAUGGGAUGCUUCAAACUGUAUAGAUUAUCGUUGUUAUGAUUAUUUGGGACUUUCAAAAGCUUCUGAUUUUUUAGUAGUUAUGGAUUAUGAUAUGAAGUUGGAUGGAUAUUACUUCAAAACAUGCCUUGCAAGUGCAAACUCACCACCUUCUUCAGUUUUAUCUGGUAUGGUAAAUUUUACAAAACUUGGAAUUGAUGAAAGUUCAUUAGUAAUGGGACUACCAUGGUAUGGAUACAAUUAUCCAUGUAUUGGCUCAAAUUAUACAUUACAAACAUUUGAAUGUAUUAUUCCUCCUUCCAGUUAUUUAGGUUAUAAUUGCACAGAUGCAUCAGGAAUUGAAAUUAAUUACUCAAUCAUUAUGAAUAUGUUAAAUGAUACAGCAAUACAAAAUGGUGGUGUUCAAUGGGAUUCAGAAUCAGAGUCACCAUAUUUUAAUUUUAUUGACUUAUUUUCUGGUACUCAACACCAAAUGUGGUUUGAUAAUCCAGACUCAUUAACCAUUAAAGUCAAUAUAGCACGUACAAUGAACCUUAGAGGUGUUGGUGUAUGGAAUAUUGAUCAACUUUGGGAUGACCAUUCUCUUUCAUCUGGAAUGUGGGGUGCAUUAAAUUCUUUCUUUAAAAUUAAUUAG